UUCCUUUACGAAGACAAUAAUAAAUCACCAUCUAAACAUAUCAAGAUUGUCUCCCUACUUUUGUUUAGCAUUGUUUAGCAUAAAUUCUUCUGCAGAGAAACAUAUAUUUUGUGAACAAUAAAAGUGUGAAAAUUGACGGAUGCAGUUUUUAAAAUAACAUUCAAGAAUUUACAGCAGCUUGGAUUCAAAUUGCAAAUUUAGGUUGGAAAAUCCCAAGAAUAAGAAAAACUGUGUGUGACCUGAUUCUACACCAAAUUCUGAACAACUUUCUUGAAAAACGGACAAGGUGGAAAGAUCAGACGCUAUAUAUUCUGAAUGUGAAGUUGUAAUCAGGAAAUAACUAUUCGAGAUCAACCAGAUACCAAAACAGUUUUAAUGAGUUAAGAAAAUAACGAAAAAGAACAUAUUGUAAUAUUUUCUGGAACAUAAAGAUAAUUUCUGUGGUCAUAAUAUUUAAUGUGCCAAAGUAACCAUUUUUAUGUCGAUGUACCGGUCCACUAAUCCAUACAAAAUGGUGGCCCCAACAUUUAAAACAAUUCGUGAAAUAAGCAUGAUGAUGCCAGAGUUCUCCGAUGUAAUGGACAGUCUUUCAACGGAGAAUCUGUCCAUAAGUGCAUUUCUUGGUUUAAUUUGUACAUUGGGUAUCCUUGGCAACAGCACGGUUAUUAUAAUUUAUGUAAAUCUAAAGAAGAAAACGCCAUCGAUUUAUUUCAUUCUAAGUUUAGCGGUUUCUGAUUUUUUAAUCUGUACUUUAGUUCUUCCCACAUGUAUCGCAUUGAGAUUUAUAGAAAUACCUUUAGAAUAUUCCUAUAUCUGUAAGAUAACUCUCUGGUAUUCCUACGCCUUUGUUGGACUAUCUUGUUUAUUUUUACUGAUUAUUGCCGUUGAUCGUUAUCUUGCCGUCUGCAAAACUCAUAAAUUGCGUCUCAAUAAUCGCUGGGCGUUGAUUAUGUCGCUUUCAGCCGUAGCAACUGCCUUUACAAUAGCGUUAUUGCCUGCUCUUCAUUCGUCCGUUUUUAUCAAGAUGAGGAUAAAUAACCAGACGUUCACAAUUUAUCCGGAGCGUUGUCAUAUCACACGACUUGUGUCCAACCCGCUACGAGAAUUUGACGACCGUCUGACAACCCACCUCACUCUAUUUAUCAUGUAUGUCAUUAUGAUAAUCUCCAUCAGUGUCUUGUACAUUGUCGUCUUCUCAACUUUACGUAAACGAGAGGCCAAUUGGAAAAUGUGGAAUAACGCAAUCCAUCCUGGAGCAGCGGCCCCAGCAGCAGCAGCAGUUGCCGAAGCUGAGGCCGAACCAAUGCCUGUAAUUACAAUUUCUGGGGGUACUACGGGCCCCUUGACAUUACCUCAAGUUGGCCCAACAUCUUCGCGGCAAGGAAACACGGCAAGCAAUUUCUUUGAUUUGUCUUCGUCCAAUAAAUUAUCCACGGUAAUCUCCCGUCGUUUAUUCCUUGUGACCUUGAUCUAUAUUCUAACAUGGAUGCCGUUUUAUUUGAUUGAGUUUAACCUUCUCUCGUAUCAAGAAAUCCUUCAUAACAUAUUUUUUAUCAGCAACAUGAUUAACCCUAUUAUAUACCCAGCAACCAGCAAGGUUUUCAGAUCGCAAUUUAAGAAAAUAUGUUGCGCUCGAUGUAUCAAAAAGAAGGGUAGUGGUAUGUGACGUUAGAUGUGUCCCAAUCGCUGAAUAUAUCAUACAUACUUAUAAAAUGCUGGGAAAAGAAAAACGUAGGAUUUCAUUUCGAUGUUUUACCUUUUUUUUUU